CAAAUUAAUUUCAACCCCGGCGAGAUUUCGAUAGAAACGAAACGAAGAGAAGGCAAAAAAAAAAAAACCAGUUUUGAAGCGAUAGGAAGAGAAAGGAGGAACAAAAAGAGGAGCAAUCAUGGGGAUGAAAUUUUUGAACAAGAAGGGUUGGCAUACGGGGAGUCUCCGUAACAUCGAGACCGUGUGGAAGGCUGAGCAGAAACAAGAGGCGGAGCAGAAAAAGCUUGAAGAACUUCGUCUCCAGAUCGUCCAGGAGAGGGAGCGUUCUGAGUUUCGCGCUCUUCAGGAACAAGCCGGUCUCGUCCCGAGGCAAGAGAGAUUGGAGUUUCUGUAUGAUUCAGGAUUAGCUGUAGGGAAGGGUAGUGCGAGUAGUUCAGGUCAUGGUGUUUCGUUUCAGAAAGAAGAGCAGCCCUUAGCCAAAGCUGAAGCUGGUAAUAGUACCAGUGAGAAACCAGAUCAGUCGGGUCCUGGUGCGCUGUUUGAGGAUAAGGCACCCUCUGCUAAUGAUUCUUGGAGGAAACUUCACUCUGACCCUUUGCUUCUCAUCAGGCAGCGCGAGCAGGAAGCUCUUGCCAAAAUCAAGAACAAUCCUGUGAAGAUGGCUCUUAUUCGAAAAUCUGUAGAAGGAAAGGAUAAAGACAGAGACACAAAGGAGCACAAGAAAAAGCAUCAUCGUAAAAGUGGAAAGCAUCGUAAGCAAUCUUCAUCCAGACACCAUUCUGAUUCGGAGGAAGAUUCUGGUGAAGAGAAUUACGGAAGAAAUUCCCACCAUCACAAAACAUCAGGGACUCGUGACAAACACUAUGAGAGACGGAGGUCAGAUUUAGACGAUGAGUCUAAAAGUCAGAAUAAGCAUUAUGAGAGACCACCUAGGUCAGAUCUAGACGAUGAGUCAAAAAGAAGGGAAAGUCGUGAUAAGCACUAUGAGAGGCGAAGGUCAGAUUUGGAUGACGAGUCCAGAAGAAGAGAGAGACAAGAUAAGCACUAUGAGAGACGAAGGUCAGAUAUGGAUGAUGAUUCAAAAAGAAGAGAGAGUCAAGAGGAUAGAAAAAGGAAAACAGAGGAUGUAGAGAAUGAAAAAUAUCCCUCCAGGGAGAAUGGAUUCCAGAAUAGACGCCGGAAAGGUGGAUCGAAGUUAUCAGAAGAAGAGAGAGCUGCUAGAUUUAAGCAAAUGCAAAUGGACGCAGAGGUGCACGAGGAACAAAGAUGGAGAAGAUUGAAGAAAGCUGAUGAAACCGAUGCAGUAGAAGCUGAUAAGAACAAAGUAUCUGUUGGCAAAAGCUUUUUGGACGAUGCAAAUAAGAGUGUCUAUGGAGUGGAGAAAGGUGGAAGUUCAACUAUUGAAGAAAGUGUGCGUCGCCGAAGUUACUAUUCGCAGCGCGGGACUGAAGCUGAAGUCAAUGCAUUCCGCCGCUGAUUGAUGCGAAAUUUGUUUCAAUACAAUGCGAGGGUUUUUGUCUCUUUGUAUCUUUGAAAUGUAACAAAAGUUUGGUCAGAAUAUUACUCCCUUCUGAUUUUUCUGGAUGUUAUUCCUAUUUCUGAAAGUUUGAUUUCCUGUAUUAUAAUUAAUGCAUUUCGAUAUACGAAACUAAUUAAUUGCAAACA